AUGACCCGUUGCCCAAUUUUCCAGCCUGCGUGCACCUCAUGCCUGCAACCCUUCUUUCUUCCCGCACUAGUGGCAAGGGGCACCUUCGCGUGCGGACAGGGCCAAGCACCCCACGGCGCAAGAGGAGGGCAGAGCGAUGCAUCGCUGCGGAUGUCGGCGGUGAUUCCCAGAACGGCGUGGCCCCAGAGCGAGCUGCGACAGUGCCGACGUGUGCGCCAUCCAUGGGAUGGGCAAUGCGCCAGCCUGACUCGCACCAACCUCACCAGGUCCUCACACUGCCCUGCUGGUGGUGGUGGUGGUGGGGGGGGGGUGCUUGAGCCACCCCGAUGGCUGCACUGCGUGGCGACCCGCGAGGCGGGGAUGGUGGGUGGAGUCUGA